UAGGUAAAUCACUAAUACCCGGUAAUUUGACAGGGUUUUCUGUUGUGGAAUUGGUGGAAGGAAUGGCAAACCUGGCUGUUCAUCCUUUUAAUAAACAUCAGAUAAUAGACAACUCAUUGCAUUUGUUUUACACAAUACUGGAGAGCAAUAUGAACGAGAACCUGACAUGUUAUGUGAGACAUGUUCUGGACAGAUGGGGAUUCAGUGACGUGGGAUCCACUACUAAUUCUGAACAAUGCCAAAAAGAAAAAGAAAUAGGCCUACAAAUUAAAAGUGAACAACAUAAUGAUGAUGACGCAAAAAAAUCUGCUAAUAAUAUGCAAAUGUUGGAUAAUCUUCAGUGCAUUUUGUCGGAAUGUGACAGUUUUGGUACUAAUGACGUUAUGGAAAUCAUCAGCGCAGUCAAACGUAUCGUUUCAGACAAAACGAGUGGUAGACAUACCCUCCUCAAACACAUGGCAAUGCACGAAUGGCCAGGUCUACUUGUCCGUAUUAUUUCUGAUGUGUGGAAACCAGUCAAGGAGGUGUACACCGAUGAAGUAUUGUGGUCGAUCCUUACAGACACCAUCGAUACCAUGAUUACAUACAGCGAUGCUUGUGUUGAAUGUGCAGAUAUUCUUAUUGAACAUGGAGCAUUAGCAAUGAUGCAAGAAAUUGCUGAUGCGUAUUAUCAACAUUUUAAACAAAAGAUCAUUGCCCUCAAUUAUAAAGUAAGUGAAUAUAGAGGUGAAAAUAGUGGAGAGUUAAGGGCAGAUGAUAACCGGCGUUCAAAGGACCCGACAAAAACCAAUAUACUAAGUGGACAGCCAGGAACAGACGAGUAUCUGUCAAAGGACAUGACAACACAAACCAAUAUACCAAGUGGCCAGCAAGGAGCAGACGGACAUCAGUCAAUGAAACGGACACAAGCCAAUAUACCAAAACAGCAAGGAGCAGACAUACAUCAGUCAAUGGGACCGACACAAACCAAUAUACCAAGUGGCCAGCAAGGAGCAGACGGACAUCAGUCAAUGGGACCGACACAAACCAAUAUACCAAGUGGCCAGCAAGGAGCAGACGGACAUCAGUCAAUGGGACCGACACAAACCAAUAUACCAAGUGGCCAGAAAGGAGCAGACGGACAUCAGUCAAUGGGACUAACACAAGCCAACAUACCAAGUGGCCAGCAAGGAGCAGACGGACAUCAGUCAAUGGGACCGACACAAACCAAUAUACCAAGUGGCCAGCAAGGAGCAGACGGACAUCAGUCAAUGGGACCGACACAAACCAAUAUACCAAGUAAACAAGAAGGAGCAGAAGGGCAUCAGUCAGUGGACCUGACUCUAAACAAUUCAGUGCAACUAGAAACAUCAAAGUACAAUGCCAUCGAUUGCAGUCAUCGUGGCAAAACCGACCCUGACAUAAACAAUAUAUCAAGUUCAAAGACAUCACAAGAAAGAGAAUAGCAUACCGCAAGAACAGUGAUGUUAUGUUUAACAGAGCUGUGUUUGUUUCGAACGAACCAGUAGAGUCAUCAGAAGUCUUUGAGUUGAAUAUUGACAAAAUCAAUGUACAGCACAACGGUUCAAUGGAACUUGGUAUGUGCAUGUACAAUGAAUUUUCAAAAGAGAUUUAUUAUGAAGGAAGUGGAUUUGGUAAAGGAAGUGGAUUCUGGUUUUUAAGAGAAAAUGAUCUAUGGAAAGAUUUUACAAUGAUUGGUGGGGGUUAUAAACUUAACCUACUCAGUAUACGCGUUAAUGAUAGAGUGGGAUUGGUUAGACAUCCGGAUGGGACUAUAGGAUUUCUGUACAACGGGCAGUACCAAGGAAUUGCCUUCCGCAAUGUACCUGGAGGUCUUUAUGGAUUAGUUGCUACAACCGGCAAAUGUGUCCAAGUGUCAAUAACCGAGAAUGCUGGGCGUACCUUUGAACAAGAAACAGUAGCUGGUACACCUAAUGCACCAUUUGGCUCUGUAUUGGAAUUCGACCAAACUGUUGAUGUGGCUAUUGCAUUAAAUGGAGUAAAUUGGCCAACUAUCGCGACCCCUUGGAUGACAAGAAAGCGACUUUGCUCACCAAGACUACCAGGAAGCCCUCCAACAGGAAUGACCAAAUCCCAAAGGACACCGACAUGGCACUUCAGGAAACCGAAAGGCAAGCACAGAACAGACUCGAAUGGAGAUCACUUGUACGUACAUCCUAUGCACAUAAGUCAUAACCAACACAGUGAAUGA